AUGGGUUCCAAGUCCGCAUCACCAGGGCCAAGUGCAAAGCCAGCAGCGCCCGCAAAGCAGACGAGGUCCCGGAAAGGCACUCCGCCCAGCCAGGCUGAGCAAGGAAGGGCUGGCUCCGCGGGAGGUGUCGUUUUGCCAAAAGGGAAAGUAGCGAGAGCAUCGACUUCACCUUCAAAGAAAACUACAGCGGCAGUAGUUCGACCUUCAGUUGAUACAGCUGCAGCUGAAGCAAAGACUCCAAGAAGAAAGCCCAGAAAACUCAACAAAAGUCCGACCUCAACCCCUAUUAACGCCCCCGCGUCCCCUACUCGUACCAGCAUAUCGAAAGGGAGCCCUCCUUCCUCCGAGCUUGAAGCCCUAAAGGCACGAGUCAGGGAGUUAGAAGCAAAGGUUGAGGAAUUGUACAAGACAGGUGCAACUUCAGACGCUCGUGGAGGCCGUUCACCCCGCCGACGAGGCAAAGGACGAAAGGCUUCAUCCACUGUCCAACUCACUCGCACCAACACCAACACAAGCGACGCAAGCGUCAACAAUGCAAGAGGCCAAGAAGUUGCCGACAACGACGAAGAAGACGCAGACGAAGAACUCGUCCGUCUAGAAGGCGAACUCGAAGUCGCCCGUCAAGACCUCGAGCACUACCGCCCCAAGACCCGACGGGCCCGGUCCGACGAGACCGAGUACGUCGAGGAAAUCCCACGACGCGCAAGCAACGGAGGAGGCACCGAGCGACAAGUAACUCUCAGUGGCAGCUACCGCAUCCCGAUCCCCGCCUCAGUCAACCUCGAAGACGUCCAAACAAUCAAAUCGGGCGUCUCAGCCGCCCAAAACGUCGCUCGCUCCUUUCUCGAACAGCGCCGUGCUGCUGCUGCUGCUGCUCGCACAACGCAAGAUACACGACCAUCGGCAUCAACGACGCGGCCCCAGCGCAGUAUGAGUUCGAAUCUCGAAGUCGCGGUGGAUAAUCGUGGGGGGAAGCAGAGCUGGAGCGAUUGGAUUGGCGGGUAUAGUAUGGCGAUUACGAGGGCGGUGAGUAAGAUUGAGCAUGAGGCUGCGGUUGAGGCGCAGAUGGCGAGGGGGAAUGGCGGUGGUGGUGGUGGUGGUGGUGGGAGGAGGACGAGUGUGCCCACGUCGAAGAAGAUGGCGGGGAAGCGGCCGGCUGCGAGGGCGACGUUGAGUGGGGAGCAGGUGCAUGGGCUUAUGAGUUGAGGUUGGGAGUGUGUGUGAUGCUGAUGGUUAGUACUGUGGAGUUUUCAAACAAAAAACGUUGUUAGAAUUAUACAUAAGUGAUAAACGGCUUCUUGGAAAAUGUAAUUGGUUAGUAGCAAUCUCAAAUAAGGAUUUGGACAU